AUGGAUGUGGAGGAAGCCUUCCAGGUGGUUGGGGACUACGGUAGAUUGCAGCGCCAUGUUUUCUGGAGUAUGGCUAUUCCACAAAUAUUCAUUGCAUGGAACCAUAUGUUGAAUGUAUUUGUAGGUAGUAUUCCUAAAUUUUAUUGCAGUCAGACAUUACUAAGAAGUACUGACACUACUAUUUAUGUCUUUGAUGAGUCAGAAUUCACAUCCAUUGCUUCUGAGUGGGACCUAGUUUGUGACUCCGCCUACAAAACUGACCUAGCACAGUCGAUAUUCAUGGCAGGCCUGCUGGCAGGCAACUUCAUAGGUGGCUACAUCGCUGACACCUACGGUCGAAAAUCCGUGUGUUACGUCGGUAUAUUAGGACUAUUUUUUCUCGGCUGUGGAAGUUUGGCUGCUCCGACGUUUGAAUAUUAUAUUCUGCUGAGGCUAGCGGCAGGGGUAGCAGCGGGAGCUUACGGGCUAGUCAGUUUCACCCUGCCGGCUGAAUUGGUGGGAUCAUCACAUAGGGGUUAUGUUAAUGUUGUUAUGUCCGUUGCAUUUGCUUUCGGUAUUUUCUCACUGCCAAUUUUGGCUUUUUUCGUUCGAGAUUGGCGUCUGCUCACCUUCAUUACGUCACUUCCUGGAUUGGUUGGGGUCUAUUAUUAUUUUUACACCCCCGAAAGUCCAAGGUGGCUACUGAGCCAGGGCAGAACUGAAGAGGCUGAAAAUACAAUGCUGUACAUAUGGGAUGUAAAUAAACCAGCCACACACGCAUCAUCAUCAUCGUCUAAAAGAAUCGGUAGUGGACAUUUGGUCAGUUGGUUGGAUAUGAUUAAGAGUAGAAAUCUGCUGUGUAUCACUCUUAACAAUAUGUUUACAUGGUUUGUAGGAAACAUAUUGUAUUAUGGCUUGACGUUGAAGAUGGGCGAUUUCAACGGUAACAAGUAUAUCAAUGUAUCCAUAGCUGGCCUCGUUGAGGUUCCUGCCUCUGUCGUUACUCUUUUUCUGAUGGAUAGAUAUGGAAGAAAACCAACGUACACUCAUUCACUGUUUGUUAGCUCAGUCAUGACAUUCAUCAUCACAUUCCUCGGAUCUGAUGGUACUUUUGUAUCGACGUUGCUGGCUCUCAUUGGAAAGACCUGUAUAUCGGUGUCUGUGUGUGUUUGUUGGAUGCAUGCCACUGAGAUGUACCCUACGAAUAUAAGAAACAAAGCUCUAAGCAUAUGCAGUAUGUUUGGCAGAUUCGGAGGCGUGGUUGCCCCACUUAUCUUAACGCUGGGCCGCAGUUAUCAGGGCUUGGAUUUUUUCAUCUUCGCCAGCUCGUGUCUCCUGGCAGCUGGAAUAAGCAGGAAGCUCCCGGAAACACUGCACAAGUCACUUCCGGAAACUAUGGAGGAUAUGAUGUGAAUGGAUAGAUGAAUUUUAGAUGAAUGGAUGGAUGAAUUGUUUAUGAAUUGAUAGAAUGAUGCU